CUACACUCAGGGGAAGAAGGCGGGCAGAGACUGAGAAUCACUGCGCUUGGGAAAGAAUGAGCUACCUGAGUUUAGGGCCUUUGUGCAUUUCCAAAAAGUGGGAGGUGGGGGAUGGUGAGGAACGAUUCCUCUAGCUUGGGACCUGGAGAGAAGACACCAUUGAUGACUCGUGCCCUGUUGGGAGUGGAAAGCUGAAACUGGACCUGGAAGAAUACCUGACUACCAUCAGCACUUCUUCAGAGACCUUAUAAAAACCACUCUGCCAUCAAACACAACUGAGUGACUCUGGGCUGUUCAGGGGGGCCUUAAGAACUGUGGCUAUCGAUUCACCUGGAAGAUUCAACCACUGCUACCCAGAGCUGCUGCUGGAAUACCAUGUCUAAGAACUCGGAGUUUAUCAAUCUGUCAUUUUUGUUAGAUCAUGAGAAGGAAAUGAUCCUGGGAGUCUUAAAGAGAGAUGAAUACUUGAAAAAAGUGGAGGACAAGAGAAUAAGGAAGCUGAAAAAUGAACUCUUAGAAGCAAAACGUAGAAGUGGGAAGACUCAACAACAAACCAACAGAGUUUGCGUUCACUGCCAGAGAAACCUGGGCUUAAUAUUUGACCGAGGAGAGCCGUGCCCGGCCUGCUCCCUGAGAGUGUGCAGCGAGUGUCGGGUCUCGGGCCUUGAUGGCGGCUGGAAGUGCACUAUCUGUGCCAAAGUCGCACAGUUAAGGAUCGUAACUGGUGAGUGGUUUUUUGAAGAAAAGGCAAAGCGUUUCAAGCAAGUCAAUGUUCUGGGCACUGAUGUAGUCCGACAGUCCAUCUUAAGAAGAAGUCCAGGAACUGAAGAAAUACAAAGUCAAGAGCAACCCCGCCGGGACCCAGAAAAGGCAGACACUUCACCUUCUGCCAGGCAAAAGGCCGGUCGUGACGGACCCAGAAGAAAGGGAUUUCUUCUGAGCAAGUUCAGAUCAGCAACCAGAGGAGAAAUCAUAACUUUAAAAACGGAAAGUGGGCGAAGCUACAGCUUGGACUUAGACAGCCAAAACUUUCGGAGUUUAAAGUCGGUCCCUGGUUCGGACAGGGGAAGCACUGGUUCAUCAGAUCUGAAUGACCAGGAAGCUGGCCCCGCAACCCCGAAGAGUAGCCGGAGCAGUGGUGUGACCCCCGUCACUCAGAGGUCACCAGCCCCAAGCACACACAGUGUGACCUCAGUCAGCAUUAGAGAACGCGGUUUUGAAAAUUCCGUGGAUUUGGCUGCCAUUGAAAGCACGUGUGAGGACCUCACAAAGAGUCAUCGCAGAAACGUUUCUGGUACACCUUCCAUAGCGGUGUCUGAGAUCUCCCUCUCCUCAGACCGGAGUCGAUCUGAGUUAGAUCUGAGUGGGUCCUUUCCAGAAGACUUAGACAAUACUGCAAACAUAAGAAGCAAGUCUGUCCCUGGGGCUUUGGACAAAGACUUGGGCUCCUUGGAAGAGACUGAGGAAGGUGUUCAUGACUUAGCGUCCUCCCGGUUUUCUGCCAACACCCACAGUCUAGCAAGUGGCCUGUCAACUAAUUCUCAAGCAGGCUCUGACAGGAAGUGGACCUACCUAAAUGUCCCUGAUGCUGACUCAGACACUACCAGCCUUAACAGCAUGAUGAGUGUUUACAGUGAAACAGGAGACUAUGGCAACGUGAAGGUCAGUGGUGAAAUCCUUCUCCACAUCAGCUACUGCUACAAAACUGGCGGGCUCUACAUUUUUGUCAAGAAUUGCAGAAAUCUGGCCAUAGGAGAUGAAAAGAAACAGAGGACAGAUGCUUAUGUCAAGUCAUACCUUCUUCCUGACAAGUCCAGAAACAAUAAACGCAAGACCAAGGUCAGAACAGGCACCAAUCCAGAAUUCAAUGAGACACUGAAGUACACCAUCAGCCACACCCAGCUGGAAACAAGAACUCUGCAGCUCUCAGUCUGGCAUCAUGAUCGAUUUGGACGUAACAGCUUCCUUGGGGAGGUGGAGAUUCCUUUUGACUCAUGGAACUUUGAAAAUCCAAAUGAUGAGUGGUUUGUGCUUCAGCCCAAGGUGGAAUUUGCUGCGGACAUAGGCCUUCACUAUAAAGGAGAGCUAACAGUUGUUUUACGUUACAUCCCCCCAGAGGAGAACCUGAUGCUUCCUCUAGAAGAAGGUCAAGGAAAGAAGACCUUCAAAAGGGGAAAGAAGAAGGAGUCACCUGUAAUCUCUGGAGGAAUCCUGGAAGUGUUCAUCAAAGAGGCAAAAAAUUUGACAGCAGUGAAGUCAGGAGGCACUUCUGAUAGCUUUGUGAAGGGCUACCUGCUCCCAGAUGAUAGCAAAGCUACCAAGCACAAAACUCUCGUGGUAAAGAAGAGUGUUAACCCUCAGUGGAAUCAUACUUUCAUGUUCAGUGGCCUGAACCCCCAGGACAUAAAGAAUGUUUGCCUAGAACUUACCGUCUGGGACAAGGAGCCCUUUUCCAGCAACAUCUUUCUGGGAGGAGUUCGUUUGAAUUCUGGGACCGGUGUGAGCCAUGGGAAGAAUGUGGACUGGAUGGACUCUCAGGGGGAAGAGCAACGCCUGUGGCAGAAGAUGGCGGACAAUCCUGGGACUCCUGUCGAGGGUGUACUCAUGCUCCGGUCCAGCAUGGGGAAGUGUAGGCUCUGAAGGUACCAGUCUCCAAAGUGAGGCCUCCAGGCGCUGUCUGGCUGCCAUUUGAUCCCAGUAUCGGUCUUGGGACCUGGCAUUCUGCUUCCCUGCCAUUUCUCACCUGAGGGUAGAGAUGUCUGUGUUAUGAACAUUUACAGUCUUGCCGAGUGUCUAAAAGAGCAUGUACCUCUAUGUGUCCAGGGGCCAGGGCCUUUUUGAUUGGAUGAUAGAAAGGGUGCCACACUGUCCUAUCAACAGGCAAAUUGCGCAAUGAUCCAUAGGCUUUAUACCGUAAGGGAAAUGGCACAAGCUUCUUUGAAACUACAGUUGAAAUUUGGACUCCCUAAACUUUUCCUAUUAUUGAGUUAUUUUGCAUUUCCUAAAAUGGUUUGAGGGAUAAAGGGGCCACCCAUAAUGUAGAUCACUUGAAGAGUAAGAAGGGAUACUGGCUAGCCUUUUCUCACCCUGGGACUUCCCAUAAUCCAAAAAAAAAAAAAAAAAAAUUGUGGGGAUGGUUGCUUGGACAAGGAGAUGGCUCUGUUAUUGUAGCAAACUUGUGGAUUAACCAGGUAAGUUUUCAAGAUGAACUGACCAGUUUUUCUAUGGUGACUAUAUAGUCUGUCAUCUAAAUCAGCCCACUUUUGAGAAGCAAAGAACUAAAUCUUUCUACCCGAACAACAGAUGUAAACCAGGAUCGACCUGGGGAAAGGGAGAUGCAGUGUCACCUUAGUUAUGACCUAGCAAUUAGAGAGCUCCAUUGUAAACAUGUAUGUUAUAAAAUAUUCUAAGCCACUAACUAUAGGGGAAUAAGAACUAAUGUACAUUUUGAGCCCCUGCCUGUAUCAUAUCUACUGAUAUCCCAUUGGUCAAAGGAAGUCAUAUGGCCAAGCCUAAAAUCAAGAGGCAGGGAAAUAUACUCUGCUCACAAUGGAGUCACGGCAAGGAUGAGAUUGCAGGAAGGGAAGAAGAAUUGUGGCCAGUAGUUCAAUCUACUAUACCUUCUAUUACCUGGAAUUCCGGAUGCGUUAGCCACCAAACUUAGAUGCAAAAGUAGUUAAAGCUAAAAGGUAGCUCAGACCUCGUUCCUUAUGUUGCGUAUUCCACAUCUGAAGCCCCCAGAGAGCUGAAGUGACUUACCCAAGAUCGUACAGAAGCUAUGACUGUAUCCAGACUUAAAUCCAGGGUGUGACUUGUUGGCCAGUAUUCUUUCCACUGGAGCCCUUGGCAUAAUCUUAUGCUUAUCAGGGUGGACGGGAGGGCAGAGAUGAAGGAGAUGGAGAAGAGUCGGGUUAUUUCGGUAUGAAGUUCCUGACUCAUUCUUCUUCUGGAGUCCUGUUCUUAGCCCCUCAGCUCAUUUUUUCACUUGAAUUCAUAUAAAAUCUUUGAAAGGAUAGAAAUGGAAUUUUAGUGGUACGAAAGCUAGAAUCAUCUUCAGACUUACUCAACCUAAUUUUUCCAUAUUCUGAAUUUCUUCUUGAAUUUUAAAAACUGAAUUAAGAAUAUAUUUAACAUUAUUGUUGGGAAUAAGCAGUCCAUUUUUAAUAUUAUUCAAAAAUAGGCUAAUUCUCAGAAGUUGAAGUUAUUGGUCUAGUGUAUAUGGAACAUUUUUUUUAAAACUCAACACUCAUAUCCCUAUGCCGCUCUUCUUAAAAACAGAAAACAAAAACUGUAAGAUCAUCACUACUUCCUAUAUUGGAAAAAUUAGUUGUCGGCAGACUUGAUCUGACUCAUUCUGUCUUCAGUGACAUUUUUAGGGCAUGUGAGAGGGUGAUGUUGGUGAAGUCUGGAGACCUCUCCAAUGUAAACAAAAGAAAGUAUAUUUAUUCACUAAUAAUAAAAGCGGAAAAAUAAUAAAUUCCAAAAUUUAUAGCUCGGACUCUAGAUGAGUAAAGCUCUAUGUGUUCAGACCUUUGCCACUUUUAGAGCAAGUCUCUGUAUUCUGGUUUCAUAAAAUCCAAUAUCUAACUGGGUAUAUCCAUAAUGCAAGAACCCAGGUAUGCAGAAGUCCAUCAGAAACCUGCGGUGUUGCUCUCAGAAAGAAAAGGCAAAUUGAUCUUUCGGGUCACUUGGUUUUACUAAGUGCUGUGUAGAAGUACAAAUUUUUUUUUCAAAUAUAGGUAAUAUAUGUGAAUGGCACAAAAUUUAAAUAGUUCAAAAUUGUGAAAAGUAAGUCUGCCUUCUUUCUCUUCCCUCAUUCUUUCUUAUGGCCAUAGGGUAUUACAUUACAGGGAGAUAGCAAAUUUUUUAACCACGCCUAUCAAAUGCCGCAUUAAAUAGGGUUAACUAUGCUGUCUACAUUUGGUGGCUUUUCUGAGAACCUUUUCUUUCAAACAUCAACGCUUCAACCUUCAAAAUGAGACAUGUAUUAUGCAGCCAUUCCACUUUUGGGUAUUUGUCCUACAGAGAUAAGAAACAGAUGGGAGAAAUGAGUACAUACGAAAGUAUUUAUUGCCAAAGAUAGGAAACAAUCCAAUAGCCCAUCAGUAGAGGCCUUCUGUAAUAACAUAAAUGCCUACUUUCUUUGUUUCAUUAGUCGCUCCUUCUCUGCUAAAGAUUGUUCAGUGAUAAACACUGGAUUCUUCCGUGCUCGUUCUUUCUUUCCUCCUCACUGCAUACACCCUCUCAGGCGUUAUCAUGUACGGUGCCUCGGUGGUUUUCUAUGCUUAUAACUUCACACUCACAUCUCCAACCCAGACCGCCCCUCUCAGCCGCAGCCCCAGAUCCAGCUGCCUAUAUGACAUAUCCACCAGGAUAGUAGCUCAUGGUUUCAACAUAGUCAAGACUAAACUCUUCCUUCCAGCCUUCCUCUUGUACCCCAUUUCUGUCUACUUCAGUACAUCCUGUCUCAGUACGUCGUGCCAUCAUCUACCCAGUCACUGUAAGUACUACAGUUACGACCCAGGACAGCUCACCCCACCCUAUUUCAGCACAGAUCAAAGCACAGAGGGGGCACUCCAGCCCAGCUCUCCCUAUCACCUUCUCAGAAGAGACCGUGGCCUUGCCUGGAGCAUCCUCCUCCUUAUUUGGAGAUCUCAGCCCUCAAUUUUCCCUCAGUUGAAUCAGACAAGGUGUAAAGGGACACGGACAAGCUUUAAAGCCUGACUUUAUCCGUUCAGUUUAUCAACAGCACUUGCAGAACACAUGGAAAAUUAUUUAUCAGCUCUCAUUUCAUUCACAUUGUCACUGUAACUGGAAUCAUCAGGAUGUAGAUUUUCCAGGUCACAAAAAUGCCAAAAACAAAGAUAUUUUGAUGGGACUUCAUAUUUCUGGCCUCUUUUUUCCUUAAUAAAUUUAUACAAAUCUAUGACCAAUGAUCAUUAAGUACUUAAGUAACUAAUGGAUGAAUUCACCCCACCUGAAUCACAGUAAUAUUGAUCUCAUCAUCACCUGCUACCCUAAGGUUUCUCUUUGGUGGGGGAGGAGAAAGCUAUGGAAGAAAUAGGGCAAAUCCCACUUUUAGAAACAAAGGAGAUCCAAAUAUCAAGUAAAUCCCAGAAGUACCUCAGAGUAAAAGCCUAUGGCAUUUGGGACUGUGAUCAAUGUUUAUUUUUUGUUCCAUGUAGAUAAAUUUUGCAUCAAACUGAGCAUUGCCCUUAGAAGUUGGCAGAAGGGCUUUCCUCCUACCAUGGUACCAUUUAUGGCUUCUGAAAUUAAAACAAAUAGGAGGAAAUCUACACAGGCAACACUAUCACAAAAAUUGGAAAGUUUGAACAAUAGCCAUGGAAAUUGGGCCACAUCAAGGAUUCCAAAGGAUUGUCUGAAUCAUCUGGAGUGUGAAUUUAAUACAUUGAUUCCAGAGCAUUGCCCCAAACCUACUGAACAGAAUUUCCAGGAAUUUCCAUUUUUAUCAAGCUUCUUGGGUGAUUCUAAUAAAAAUGGAUCACAGUUUGAGAAACACUGCAUUAGAAGACAAAAUAGCUCGACUCUGUUGUUUGGACCAGCUCUGUGUCAUGAUGGCAGAUUGGAUUUGGCUAACGUGGACGUUGUUCAUUGCAAGGCAACCAUGGUGAGGUGGAAGGAGCCUAACCUCAGACUCAGAUGGUAUUAGCUCAAGUCUCGACUAACCAACCGUGUGACCUCAGUCAAGUUAAUUAUCCAGUCUAGGCCUUGAUCUAUUUGCUUGUAAAAUAGGAAUAAUUGCGCUAACUUGGAGUUACUGAAGACAUGAAAUAAAGUAAUAUAUGUAAAUAUGCUUUGUAACACACUGGGGGGGGAUGAGGUCAUUGGUGAGCUAGUUACAGCACUCUGGUGCAUAAUCUCUUAGGCCCUUUUUUUUCCUGAAUGCUUUCAUUAGGGCUUGAUCAUUCUAUAUAAAGUGAAGUGGUUUCCAGUGUACAGCAGAAAUACAAGAAAGAAAAAGAAAAAAACCCUUAUUUUGUGCUAUGUUAUCCAUCGUGCAUAGAUAGUGAUUUAUUUAUUUUCAGGCUGGAAUGUCCUGCUUCAUCUGACUAGACCAUAAAUAUUUCAAAAUAUGUUUUAUUUGAUGGAGAGAAAAAACUGUGGUCCAUUUUUUUUAUUAGGUUGUGGAAUCUGCAAGUACAUCAUGUUGCCACACUUUUCCUUAACACCCUCUUCCAUUGUGAGGACCAUCUCUUUCUGUGGCCCGUUGUCUAUCCUUCACGCCAGGGAGAUCAAACCUGCCUUCCUCACGGGGAUGUUGUUUAGAAUCAUGCUUUUUUAUUUGCAGAAGGAAAUGUACCAUUCUGGUGAAACAAAUUCCAUAGAAAUACAAGCUACUGUUGUCAUUAUGAGGAAUGCAUAGUGUUUCAAAGAUUCACAGUUGUACAUCAUUUACCUCACUAGAAUUCAUCAAACUGUUCUGGUAGAGGUUUCCUUCCCUUUUUGGAAAAGAGAAGUGGAAUAUAUAGUCAGUGUUGCCUGUGAAUGACAGAACACUCAUAUAGGGUAGUAGAUCGUAUCUUUCUCUUUAGUAUUUCAGCACAAAAGGAGACUCAUUUCUGCUUUCCUUUUUCCUUGGUUGAGGCAAAAACCAAUACAGCAAGCAAAUAAAAUAUUACUAUAGUUAAAGCAAAAGUUUAAACCAUUGGCAUUUGUGAGGGGAAAAAAAUGUGUCCUUCUAGAAGGGCAGGGAACUAGAUAUGUUUUUGAAUCUAAAUAUUUUAGUUUCACUCCUUUAUCAUUAGAUCUGUUUACUUUGGGGGAAGGAAUCUGAUUGCUCCUUCCACACAUUUUUUUCUGCUCAGCCAAAUGUUCCUUUUGUCUUAAGAAAGUUGAAACUUGUUUGUGCAAAUCCAUGAGAAGGGUUGAGUCCCAACAAUACAACUUUUUAAAUCUCUCACAUUCGGAAAGAAAGAAGGGAGGAAGCCAUUCCAUUACAAGGCAGUUCAUGACCAUCGUUUAUGGUUCUUUUCUUUCGUUUUCCCAUAUUCAUUAUUCAUAAAUGGACAUUUCUGAAGAGAGAUCAUUGGCUUUCAGUUGAUGGGAAGAAAUAGAUGUCUAGGUUCUCCCGAGUCUUUGCUUUUGACCUGCCUCGUCACCUCCAAUUAAUCUGUCCUUAAUUCCUAAAUAUCUUCUUACAUUGUCCUUCUGACUGAUGGGGUGUAUUGAAGAACCUUAGGAGAUGCCCAGAAGGCUUUUUUUUCCCACAUGGAUUAAUGGAAAUAUUAAUUGUUAAUUUUCAGCUUUUUCCUUUCACCUCCAAACCCAGCUCCGUUGGAGUCAUAUGCUUGUAAAGCAUCUGAAUGCACAAAGCCAGUUUGUGGGGUUAGGUGGGGACUGUCCUGGCUACUUACCAGGGUGCCAAGUGAUAUGGGGCAUUAAACAUCCAUGAAAAGGUAAUGAGGUAGUGAACUUCUCUAUGGAAGGGUAUGGUAUUAGCAGGAAGAAAUAAUGUCUGUUACAGUAGAUAAGUGCGGAGGGGACCCGAUACCUGAAGAGCAAUUCAUGGUUGAGAAAUUCUAAGAAAGGUCUAUUUGAAGGCAAGGCUUUUGUUUUGUUAAAUAGGGAAUACAAUUUGGGCCAGACAUGAAUUGCUAAGGACGUAGGGAAAGGGGAGGGGGAGUUACCUCCAUUGGGGGUUUCCUUUGUACCCCUUCUACCAGGCAGGUGUUCCUCAAAAUAAAUGUUAUACAGAUAUUUAAACAAUCUCUUAGAGGGGCACCACAUCAUCAGGGCAAGAAUUGGCCCAGCUGAAUGCACUAGAUCCCCAUCCCUAGAUUGAGUGUUGUUGUCACAAGCAGGUUGGGUUUUUUGUUUUUUGUUUUUUGUUUUUGUAUUUUCUGGGCCUGAAGAUGAGUCUAAGAGUUUAGCGGGCUGGAGAAGGAAGACACACUUUCAAUAUCCUAAGAACAGCUAAAGAUCGUUGGGUCACUGGGACACUGGAACGGGGGCUCUCCUCAGGAAGCAAUAAGAGGGGUAACUUUCCAAACUGCCAAAGGCUGGGUCACCUAUCUGUGAGUCUGUUCAUUUCUGCUUUGUCCCUGGCACCCACCUGCUUUGGCUGUCCAUUUACUCUCCUCAACUCCUGCUCGGAUAGGAAGUUGAUCUCUUUGUUUGUUUUUAAAUCAAUAGAUUUUAUUGAUCAUAGCUGUAUUAGGUUUACAGAAAAAGUGAGCAGAAAGUACAGAGAGUUCCCAUAUACACUGCCCCCUCCCCUGCAAAUUUCUCUUCUAACAAACAUCAUGGUGUGGCACAUUUAUUGCAAUUGAUGAAUUAGUAUUGGUACAUCAUUAUUAAUUGAAGUCCGUAGUUUAGGGUUCAUUCUUGGUGUUUUACAGUUUUGUGGGUUUUGACAAAUGCAAAAUAUCGUGUAUCUACAAUUACAUCAUCGUGCAGAAUAGUUUCGGUGCCAUAGAAAUCCCCUGUGCUCCAACCUGUAGCAACCACUGAUCUUUUUACCAUCUCUAUAGUGUCUUGGUCUUUUCUCAGAAUGUCAUAGAGUUGAAAUCAUAUGGUAUGUGGCCUUUUCUGACUUGCUUAUUUCACUUAUUGAUGCAUUUAAGGUUUCUCCAUGGCUUUUUGUGGCUUGAUUGUCCAUUUGUUUUUAUUUCCUUUUUUAAUUGUAGCAAGAGCACUUAACGUGAGAUCUACCCUCUUAACACGUUUUUAGGUGUACAAUACAGCAUCUUUAUUUUUAAGUAAAGAGGAAAGGAUGGAAAACUCUAGGAAACAAUAACGUAUUUUAAAAUCCCCUGGAGAUGAUGGGAGGGCCGCAUUCAUUUUGCUGGUUUUCUCGGUUCUAUUGUUGGCUCCAAACAACUGUUCCUAUUUACUUGUCUUGCCAUGUUCAGGGCAAAAUUAGUAACAAUACUUAAACGUGUAACAUGCCUACUUUUAAGCUUCUGUAAGGGGGAACAUGUACCCCAAACCAAAGCUUUGUGCCACUCUGUACUUGCUGCAAAGUUUAAUGUCCUUUUCAUUAAAUUCC